CUUUCCUCCCCCACAUAAACUUAGUUCAGAGGCACCCGGCAGCAGCAGCAGCUCAUCUCUGCCUCCCGUGUCCUUCUCCAUGACAGAGAAUCUCCACUCGAGGAAAAUGAUACAACCAAAGAAGUUUCGUGGAGUCAGGCAGCGUCACUGGGGCUCCUGGGUCUCCGAGAUCAGGCACCCUCUCCUUAAGAGAAGGGUGUGGCUGGGCACCUUUGAGACGGCUGAGGAGGCUGCAAGGGCGUAUGAUGAGGCCGCCGUGCUGAUGAGUGGCCGCAACGCUAAAACUAACUUCCCUGUCCAAAGGAGCACCACUGGUGAGCCUGCACCAACUUUAGGCAGGGAUGUUCGCAGCAACGCCGGUAGCAGCUCCUCUACCGCCAACCUGUCCCAGAUUCUCAGUGCCAAGCUCCGCAAGUGCUGCAAGGCGCCAUCGCCAUCCCUGACCUGCCUUCGCCUCGACCCCGAGAAGUCGCACAUUGGCGUCUGGCAGAAGCGUGCAGGGGCCCGCGCCGACUCCAACUGGGUCAUGACUGUGGAGCUCAAAAAAGAGACAGCAUCCACUGACGCUGCAGCACAGCCCACGUCAGCAGCAGCUGCUUCACCAGCAACACCAAUGGAUGAUGAGGAGAGGAUCGCGCUACAAAUGAUCGAGGAGUUGCUGAGCAGGAGCAGUCCAGCUUCGCCUUCACAUGGAGACGAUGAAGGUCACUUUGUCAUCUGAAAAGCAUGGAAGAAGCAGCACAAUGAAGUCGCAAUCCCACAUCAGAAUUUCGUUAGGCCGGUCGGUAUACAAGCAGUUCAGGUUGCUUCAGUAAUAUAGAUAUGUGAUGUCUAUUAGUAAAUCCAACUUACAAGAAUUAUAAGUUUGCAAUUGUGUGCAGCUCUAUGUAUUUGUGAAAAGCUCUACAUACACAAGUUCUUGUCAAAAUACUUUGUUACAAAUCAAUGUCAGUGAUAUAGUUGCUUAUAAAGGAAAUAAAUAGAUUGUGAUUGUGUUACUGUUCA